AUGAAAGUCGAUGUAAAUUUUAAUUUAACUUGCAGAAUCUUUUAAAUAAAAAUUGAAUAAUUAUCUACGUAAGUAAUUCAUUAUUUUUAAAAUAGUACGAUAUUCUAAAUGCUAAUGUAAAUACAUAUUUUUUUUUUUCUAUUGUAGGUAUUAAAAUACAAAAAAAUAUAUAAUAUCGUUAAAAAAUAUAAUACUUCCGGUAUGAUCAUCAACAUUACAAUUCUGUAAUAAAUAGCAGUAGAUGUUAUUAUAGUCUACUGUUCAAAUACAUUAAAUGACCUAGUCAAUAUUUUAAUUGUUGAAAAAACGAAGAAUGAACUUCAUUAUUCAACAACCUCUGUAAUUAUCGCUAAGCGAAGGUUCAAACUGUUAGAAUAAGGUCACGCAUUUAAUCUCGCGCCGUUUCUCUCGGAAAACCGACGCGGAUCGAACUCGAACGGCGAGAUUUUUCCAUUCACAUUCACGACCCCUAGUGGAAACUAGUCUCCGAUUUCCACAUUCCCUAAUUCCGGUCGCGCGACCGUCAGCAUAUCACUAUAUAGAUAUUUCGGAAGAACAAUGACACAACUGCAAAGGGGUCAUUUUCCAGGAAGAAAUAUAAUAAUUUUAUUUAAUGAUUUUGAAAACAAAGCAUUAUAUUUUAAUUAUUUUUAAGUAAUAUUAGUUACUUAUUAUUAUCGUAAUUAAACCUAUAUUUAUUAUCACAAGUCAUCAUUACAAUAUUACAAUUAAAAUUUUACAUUUAAUUGAUAUAGGUAUUAAAAGGAUUAGAUGGAUGUUUUUCUCUGAGAACGUUAGAGCAGAUUAUGUUUCAUAAAAUUUCUUUCUUAUAUUUCAAAUAUAAUAAUUAUUAUAAGAAUAACCUAUCGUUAUUUUACUUCGAUCUGAAGUUAAAAGAUUACGUAGUAAUUACAUUUAGGUACUAGUAAAAAAAAUGUUAAUUGAUUUGUCAAUCCAGGCCGGCAACACAAUCCGCUAGUUCCUGUUUAUUAACACAAAAUUGCAGUUGUGUGAUUUCUCAUCCAACGAUAUUUCACCGGCGUGCACGGCCGGCUUCCACGUUUCAGUUAUGUCGGUGUCGCAUAAGAACUGUCAUUCUCCCGCGGAAAAUCGGUACUGCGGCACCGAUUUCGAGGAUCGUGGCCGCGCGAUAACGCGGGUCACCUCUUAUAUACCGAGCGGCGUUAAAUUGAAAUCCCGAGGAAAGAGAGCGAAAUUAAUGGUACCUCCGCGAAGGUACGGGAGAUCCGUGCCGGGAGUGACAAGGUGGCUUGCCGAUGGUGGGGGCCAAGAGAGUAGCGUGCAAAUGGCGACUCUACUCUCGCCGGGCCAAUCGUUGCACGCGCCGGGGAAUCGAGUGGAGUCGAUUGAAAAGGUGGUCACGACGCAACAAACGUUGACGAGUUGUCCAGGGGGUGACGGAGGUGGCGGCGGCAGCGGAGGUGGCGGUGGCAGCGAGAAGACGGUCCCGUAUGCGGCUACAACGGGUCCGGUAGAGGAGGUGGAGGCGCAGGAGGUGGAGGUAGAGGUCGACGAGGUUAAGAUGGAAGCCGAGGAGCAUCUCGCCAGAGAAUACGUACAGGAGUUUGUUCUCGAUCAUCUCGAUCCGGCAGUCAAACGAGAGGUAAGAAUCAGCUCACCGAUGAUGGUGAACGGCAGUGUGGUGCAAUUACCUGGUCAGGGUCUGCAAGCGCAAGGUCUGGCCCUGGCGCCUCUGACGCCGCCGGCGCACGAGCUUGAGCAACCCCAUCCGCUUUACGGACAGCCGCACAUUCAGGUGCAGCACGGCGUCCUGGUGAAGGCACCGCCGGGUGCAGCGUCUCAUCUGACCACGCUUUCGCAUCCUGGAACGCCGCCGGACACGCCUCCGGUCUCGGCGUCGCCGCCACCGUUGCAACUGCACCGGGGUGACCGCGAUUCCCGUGACAGAGGCCUAUUCCUGCAACUGCAGCAGCCCAACUCCAUCGUGCAAGACGAUAUGCAAGCUGGUAGCGGUGGCAUGGGCUGGCUAACGCAAUCCUUGAGGCAGGAGCCGCUUGAUCUCAGGCCUCAUUGCCCUCAGGAGCAAACGCCGGAGCCUCAUCACGAGGCUUGGCCCUCUACACCGAUGCAUCAUCAUUUCCAAGACCUGCAACAUCUGCAGCGUCAUACCAGACACACUGGUGGAUAUAUCACGGGCCACAUAGAAUACUAUGCGAGUGCGGGAGCAGGCGGCGGGAUGCUUCCCGCGGGCGGAAGUGGAAUGUCAGGGAUGGAAGACAGCAUGCAGAGCAUGCAGAUGCAAAGACCGAUGAGCGUUUGUUCAGUGAGUUCUUGCGCUGCUGGUGGCUCGACACCGCCGCACAAAGGCAACGUUCUUUACCCGAAUUGCGGGAGUAACAAUCCACAGGAAGAACUCAUGAACGACGAGCUGCUCAUGUCACUUUCCGUACGCGAAUUGAACAAACGCCUCCAUGGUUGCCCGCGGGAAGAGGUCGUGCGUCUGAAGCAGAAGCGGCGAACCUUGAAGAACCGCGGUUACGCUCAGAACUGCCGUAGCAAACGGCUGCAGCAACGGCACGACCUCGAGACGACGAACAGAAAUCUGCAGAAUGAACUUCAGCGAAUGAAGAUCGAACUGGCUCGAAUCCAGCAGGAACGUGAUCUUUACAAGCAAAGAUGGGAUAUUCUGAGAACGCGGCAGAGCCAUAAUCACAAUCACAAUCAUAAUCACAAUCACAAUCACAAUCACAAUCACAAUCAUCAUCAGCAACAGGCGUCGCAGCAGCAACAGCAGCCGCAAUCACAGGCGCAACCGCAGCAGCAUCAGUCGCAAAAUCAACAGCAGCAGCAACAACCGCAGCAACAACAACAGCCGCCGCCGCCGCCGCCGCAGCAGCAGCAGCAGCAGCAGCAACAACAACAGCAGCAGCAUCAACCGGCACCAGCGAGUCCAGAAGUUUAUCUGUGA